CGGCAGUGGCGGGGACAGCGCAGGACAGGACGUGACGCGCGGCUUCCUGGGUUCGUCCUCUGUGCUGCCGCCGGUAGGAGAUCUUCAUCAUGGCUUCAAGGUUACUGUUCCGUAGCGCUGUCCGCGCCCUUACUAGGACUGGCGCUGCACGGGCGGCCGCCCCAGCUAGGUACAUGUCUGCUGGAGGGAUCCCCUCUGAUGAGCAGCAGGCUACUGGGUUAGAGAGAGAAAUUCUUACUGCACUAAAGCGCGGUGAGGAUCCAUACAACAUGCUGAAGCCCAAGCAUUACACAGGGACCAAGGAUGACCCUAAUAUUGUCCCCUCCGUGAACAACCAGAGGAUUGUGGGUUGCAUCUGUGAAGAGGAUAACACCGCUGUCGUCUGGUUCUGGCUGCACAAGGGAGAGACUCAGCGGUGCCCGUCCUGUGGAGCUCAUUACAAGCUUGUACCUCAUGAACAUCACCACUGAUGAUCACGGAAGCCUUCUGUCUUGCUUAUUGUAUUUUACCUGAAUUCCAAUUUACAUUGUAUUGUACUUUAUUCCUUUAUGGCUCGGGACCAUGAAUAUAACAAUACAUGAACCCAGCCGCUA